AUGAAGGGAAAGGCCAAGCGCGUCGACGUGCAUGUUCGCAUCCGCCCGCUUGUCGGCGACGAGGUCGACCGAGGCGAUGAAGAGCUGGUCUUUGAGACGCCGGCGCCGUCGACGCUGGUCGUCGAGGCGCCCAAGACUGACGCGGACGACGUCGACUACGUCGAGGUGCUUGGCUUCACCGUGCCCAAGUCCAAGCCGAAGCGGCGCAAGACGUACCGGUACUUUGCCUCGAUCCAGCGCAACACGACCAACGACGAGUUCUUCGAGGCCGCGGUGGGCCCGCUCGUGGCGACGGCGCUCGACGGGCGCACGGCGUGUGUCUUUGCCUAUGGCCACACGGGCUCGGGCAAGACGCAUACGAUCCUCGGCUACGGCGACGAGCGGGGCAUGUACGACCUAUCAACGGUCCAGCUCUUUGGCGCGCUCGACGAGCUCAACGAACGCAACACAGAUCCACAAGAUGUGCUCAAGGUCCAAGUCCGCUUCAACGAGAUCUACAACGGCGAAGUCUACGACCUCCUCAACGACUCGGCAAAGUGCUUUGUACGCGAAGACGCGCAUGGCAAGAUCCAGAUCCGCGGCGAGCUCGUGACGGACGACGAGACGGGCUUGGUCAAGCCGUCCUCGAGCGCGACCCGCGUCGCGACGACGGCUGGCGAGCUAUGGGACGUGGUCCAGCUUGGCAUGCGCGCGCGCUCGACCGGUAACUCGAACGUCCACCGUGCGAGCUCCCGAUCGCACGCGCUUCUCGAGCUCGAGAUCGUUACGGAUCGCAUUCUUCGCCUUCGCGCGCACGUGAUCGAAGUCGAAGCCGCCCUCACGCGCGUCGGCCACGAACGCGACACGUUGGAGAUGGAUAUCUUUGUACGCCAGCACGAUAAAGUCGAGGGCAAGUGGGUCAAGAAGGCCGAUGCACGCGGCGCAUCGCAGGACGAGUGCUCGCUCCUCCUCGACCUCCGCAAGGAACUCGUCCAGCUCGACAAGGCGAUCGAGGCCGCGCAUGGCGCCGUGGCCGCGGCGCAGGCGGCGGGCGCAAUGGGCCUCGGCGGCACGCUCGUCUUUGUCGAUCUCGCGGGCUCGGAGCACGCCGGCAGCGCAUCGGACGGCAUCACCAAGAGCGAUUCGGAGCAGCAAGAGUGCCGGGAAAUCAACAAGUCGCUAAGCGCGCUCAAGGCGUGCUUUCGGUCGCAGGCCAAGAGCCUCUCCGGCACGAGCUGCUACCGCAACGCCAAGCUGACGCUACUGCUCCGUGACCACUUUCGUACGGCGCAGUCCAAAACGAUGAUGGUGGGCACGAUCUCGCCCUCGAGCGUCCACGCGAUGCAGACUACGCACACGCUUCAAUACGCCCAGCUCGUCGGCGAGCCCUAG